CAACUCGAUCAUCCCGAUCACCCAAAUUCCCCGAUCAGGCCCGACCAUGCUCGACUAAAGGCGAAUACACGACUUCUUCUCGACCUCUUGUCGAUCACACACGAUUUCCACACGAUUAUUCACGACUCCUUCACGACGUCAACCCGACCACCUUUCCGAUUUCCGCUCGAUCAUCCCGACCUUUACACGAUCCCUACACGAUCUCAACUCGACCUACUGGAUCUCUGCUCGAUCGGUGUCAGAUCUUUCCCCGACCCGAUCGUCAUAGUCGUACUCGAGUCGUAGAAGGUCGUGAACAGUCGUGUACCAAAACUUUUAGAAUAAAAACUUCAAACAGUGUUGAUCAUUAUCACUUCAUCCUGAAACUUCAUGGUAUAUGUUGUGUCCAGCAUAGUAUACAUAUUUAUGGAGAUUGAGCAGUUGCAGAUGUGGGCCAGAUGGUUAGAGCUCCAGAGAGACAGGGCCAUUGCAGUGCUAGAGUUGGAACAAGAGGAAGAGGCUGAGGGUCGUAGGCAUAGACGUAGGCGACAAAUGCGCAGGAAAAUAUGGAUGAAGCAGUGGCUUGCACGACGACCCCUGUAUGGGCAUUAUGAGCAACUGCUACAGGAGCUAAACAGGGAAGACCCAAAAGGAUACAAAAAUUUCCUAAGGGUAGACGCUGAUAUGUUUGGGGAGCUUGUUGAUCGCAUAUCACCCAGAAUUCAGAAAAAGAACACCAACUUCAGGGAAGCCCUGGAGCCUGGAUUGAAGUUGGCGGUCACUCUUCGUCAUCUCGCAACUGGAGCCUCGUAUUCAGACUUGAUGUACUCAUUCCGAGUGGGAAGUAACACAAUAAGUAAAUUCGUCCCUGAAGUUUUGGAUGCUAUAAUACAGGAGUACUCUGAAGAGGUUUUGCCAGACGUCGUCACUGCUGAACAAUGGCAGCAGAUUGCAGAUGACUUCCGAACCAAGUGGAAUUUUCCUCAUGUCUGCGGGGCUCUUGAUGGUAAGCACGUGAGGAUAAAGAACCCGAAGAACUCUGGAUCUCUGUUCUAUAACUAUAAAGGCUUCUUUUCCAUAAUACUACUCGCACUCGUAGACGCAAACUACAAAUUCAUCUGGGUAAGCGUUGGUGCUAAUGGCAGUGCAUCCGAUGCCCAGCUAUUCAAUAACACUGAACUCAGAACCAUGCUAGAAGAAAACAACCUUGGUUUGCCUGACCCUGAUCCACUGCCUGGCGAUGACAUGAACACCCCAUACUUCCUCAUUGGAGAUGACGCCUUCCCGUUGAGAACUUGGAUGAUGAAGCCAUACUCCAGACGCAACUUGACCAACGAGGAGCGCAUAUUCAAUUACAGGUUGUCCAGGGCUAGACGAGUGGUAGAAAACGCCUUCGGUCUUCUCGCUAUGCGGUUUCAGUGCCUACUUGGCUGCUUGAACCAGAUGCCCGAAACCGUUGACUUGAUUAUUCUUGCAUGUGUCACACUGCAUAACCUUAUCAGCAUACGGUACCCUGCCAUUGCAAGACUGGCCGUCGACCAAGAGGACGAGCAUAACCAAUUAGUACCUGGUGAAUGGCGCCAAGGAAGACAGUUGGCUGAUGGUGAUCGGACCCAUGGAAGAAAUGUGGUGACAUCCGCUGGGGUCAGUCAGAGGAACUACAUUAAACACUACUUCAACUCCCGAGCUGGUUCAGUUGAGUGGCAACAGAAUAUGAUUUAGUGUGUUAGUUACUUUGGAAAGAUAUUUUGAUGAAGUGUAUAACCUAUAUGAUGCGAGUAUGCACAAGUUAUGUAGUUAUUAAAGUGAUUUCCGAUAUGUUUAAGUAUAUUAUAGUAAGUCAUCUUCUAUUUGGAUAUGAUAGUUUCCAUGAUAUGUUUGUUAAUGGAGGAAAUAAGCUUCAAGUAUACAUGUAUAUACAAUAGAGUUGAUUGUUUGUUUCUUGAUUUUAUGCCCUUUUUCGAAGUAUUUCAAUCAUAUCACGGUGGUGAGUUAACUUAGAACAUGACCUAAGUCGGCAACAAGAAAUAGCCACAUACCAGUAAUUUACAACUUUCAUUUAUAGUUCACCCUAGUUU